UCAUCACUUCCGGACACCAUUGAUAAACCUCUUUGCUUUCAACAAUGGCAGCCAAGAGCACCACCUUCUUUUCAUUUUUAUUUAGUCUCAUUUUAUUGGGAGUAGCCAAUCUUAAUGUAAUCCUUGCACUGAGUUCUAAUUACUACGAUCAAACAUGCCCCAAUGUUGAAUCAACGAUCACAAGCGUUGUGAAGAAAGCCAUGUUAAAUGAUCGAACAGUUCCUGCUGCACUUCUUAGAAUGCAUUUUCAUGACUGCUUCAUCAGGGGGUGUGAUGGUUCGGUGCUAUUGAAUUCAACCGGAAAGAAUAAAGCAGAGAAAGACGGGCCUCCAAACAUAUCUUUGCAUGCAUUUUAUGUAAUUGAUAAUGCCAAAAAAGCAAUAGAGGCUCUGUGUCCAAAAACUGUCUCUUGUGCUGAUAUCUUAGCCUUAGCAGCAAGGGAUGCAGUCACUCUCUCAGGAGGGCCCACAUGGGAUGUGCCAAAAGGAAGAAAAGAUGGAAGAGUUUCAAAGUCAACCGAAACACGACAAUUACCAGCUCCAACAUUCAACAUUUCCCAGUUGCAACAAAAUUUCGCUCAAAGAGGUCUUUCCAUGGAUGAUUUAGUUGCACUCUCAGGAGGGCAUACACUCGGGUUUGCUCAUUGUUCAUCCUUCCAAAACAGAAUACACAACUUUGCUUCAAAACAAAGUGUCGACCCAACAUUGCAAUCGUCUUUUGCAGCUAGUUUAAAGAGUGUUUGCCCAGCUCAAAACACUCCAAAAAACGCGGGUGCAAAUCUUGAUUCAACACCUACUACUUUUGACAACAGAUAUUAUAAGUUACUUCUACAAGGAAAGAGUAUUUUCUCCUCUGAUCAAUCCUUGGUCACUACUGCAAAUACCAAAACAUUGGUGUCAAAGUUUGCUAACUCAAAACAAGAAUUUGAGAAAGCAUUUGUGAAGUCCAUGAUCAAGAUGAGCAGCAUCAGUGGUGGCCAAGAGGUUAGGCUUGAUUGUAGAGUGGUAAACUGAAUUAACCAGAUUGGUCGGAAAAGAGAAGAUGAUUGAUUGGUUCUAAUAUGAGUUAUUGUUUGGAUUUUCGAUUGAUUUUUAUUUUAUUGGAGUUUGAAGGAUUAUUUGUUUUGAAGUGUAAAAAUGUAUUUGUAUUACGUUUUGCAUAAUAAUGGUUAUUGUUUAAUGAAUCUUCGAUAUCUUUUUCA